GAUGAAGCACCCAAACAGGUCCUGCCCAUGCCCAUCCCCGACCUGGAGGUGCAGUACACCAAGAUAUUCAUCAAUAACGAGUGGCAUGAGUCUAGCAGCGGAGGCAAGAUGCCAGUGCUCAACCCAGCCUCUGGGGACGUGCUGUGUGAGGUGGAAGAGGGGAGCCCAGAGGAUGUGGACAAGGCCGUCAGGAGCGCCAGGGCAGCGUUCCAGCUGGGGUCGCCAUGGCGACGGAUGGACGCGUCCGACCGGGGGGAGCUGCUCAGCAGACUGGCCGACCUGGUGGAGAGAGACCGCCUCCUGCUGGCGACUCUGGAGGCCCUGGACUCGGGGAAGCUGUUCCUCAUGGCCUACUUUGUGGACCUGGUGGCCACCAUCAAGACACUACGCUACUUUGGGGGCUGGGCUGACAAGAUCCAGGGCAGAACCAUUCCUGUGGAUGGAGAUUAUUUCACCUACACUCGACAUGAACCUAUAGGGGUGUGUGGACAGAUCAUUCCGUGGAACUUCCCAGUGAUGAUGUUCGCCUGGAAGAUAGCUCCUGCUCUGUGCUGUGGAAACACUGUGGUCAUCAAACCAGCCCAGCAGACUCCCCUCACAGCCCUGCACAUGGCUGCUCUCAUCAAGGAGGCUGGUUUCCCCCCUGGCGUGGUCAAUGUGGUCCCAGGGUAUGGCCCCACAGUUGGCAAUGCCAUAGCCCAGCACAUGGACAUAGACAAAGUGGCUUUCACAGGAUCCACAGCUGUUGGGAAGCUCAUCCAGAAAGCUGCAGGGGAUUCCAACCUGAAGCGAGUCACUCUGGAGCUGGGGGGGAAGAACCCCAUCAUCGUCUUUGCAGAUUGCAACCUGGAGUACGCUGUGCAGCAGGCCCACAGCGGUCUGUUCUUCAACCAGGGCCAGUGUUGUCUGGCCGGCUCCAGGGUGUUCGUGGAGGAGCCCAUAUAUGAGGAGUUUGUCCGGCGCAGUGUGGAAAAGGCCCGGGCCAAGAUCCUGGGGAACCCCCUGGUGCCAGGGGUGGACCAGGGACCCCAGAUCGACCAGCAGCAGUUUGAUAAGAUCCUGGAGCUGAUUGAGAGCGGGAGGAAGGAGGGCGCCACGCUGGAGUGCGGCGGGGCCCCCUGGGGCCAGAGAGGCCUGUUCAUCCAGCCCACCGUCUUCUCCGACGUCACCGACGGCAUGCGCAUCGCCAAGGAGGAGAUCUUCGGCCCAGUGCAGCAGAUCAUGCGUUUCCGUGGCGUCCACGAGGUGGUCCAGAGGGCCAACUCCAGCCAGUACGGCCUGGCGGCGGGGGUGUUUACCAGCGACAUGGACAAGGCCCUGACGGUGUCCUCUGCUCUGCAGGCUGGCAUGGUCUGGGUCAACUGCUACAACGCCAUGAGCACCCAGUGUCCCUUCGGAGGCUUCAAGAUGUCUGGGAACGGCAGAGAGCUAGGGGAGUACGCCUUGAACGAGUACACUGAGGUCAAAGCGGUGACCAUCAAAAUAUCCCAGAAGAACUCCUAACAUGGUCUUCCCGUGUGGGCUACGCUUCCUGUCCGUGGCGUCUGGAUGAACGACCUUUCCGGAAAGAUUCAACCACAACUCCUCUGAGACGUACAGACUUAUCCUCCAUCUUCAUUUCUGAAAUCAGAAAAGACAAAAAGCGGCUUCUUCCUGCAACACGUUUUGGUUUGUAAAUAUGACGGUUUCUGCGGUGGAGCUGUCAGGUGUCCAGGCAUACUUAACCUCUUGUUGUCUUCUCUCGUCCAGAUUGCCUCAGAGAACGAUGUUUUCGUUCAGACAUGUUUGUCUCCUUGAAGAGCAGAACACCUUCAUGUCCUGAGUGAUCGUUAUCUUUGUUCUUUUUGAGAAUCUUUUUGGAGAACUGAACCAUUUCUCCUUUUGAUAUAAAGGCAAUCUUUUAGGUUCUUUAUAUGUUGAUGUUUUAGUAGUGUGUUUGCUGUCUACCGUAUAAGUAGAAAUUAUAUCUAAUAUUAUUGUCAAAGGCUAUUGGACAUUGUUAGUGUAUGUGCGUGUUGAGUGUGUGU